CUCACUCAGCUUUCAAACAUGGAAUCUGAGCCACCAUUUCAAGAAACCUACAAGAUCCUUCUUAGGAACUUGAUGGAAGAAGAAAGUGCAGAAAGGGUUCAUCAUGAUCAUGAGAAUUCGAAGAACCAUUCUAUUUCUGACAUCGAAUAUGAAUUACCAGUUAUCGAUCUUAGCUGUUUAAGUCUGGGGGAUUUGUGCCAAGAAAAGUGUAAGAGAGAAAUUGCUGAUGCUGCAAGCAAGUGGGGGUUCUUCCAGGUUGUAAAUCAUGGGAUUUCUGGUGAGAUUACGGCGAGGAUGCGACAGCAGCAAGUGAUGCUUUUCCGGCAGCCAUUCCACAAGAAAGCCAAUAUUGGGAAGAGUUUGAAGUUAUCAUCAACAGAUUUUUGUUACCGUUGGGGGACUCCUACUGCCACUUCUCUGAAGCAGUUGUCUUGGUCAGAAGCUUUUCGCAUACCUCUUUCCCACAUUUCCGGAUUAAAAGAAUUCAACACUAAUCUUAGCUCAACAGUAGAGGAUUUUGUGGAAGUUGCUUCCAAGCUUGCUCAAAGAAUAGCUGAAAUUUUAGCAGAAAAUCUGGGAUUACAAUCCACUUUCUUUGUGGAGAAUUGCUUGCCAAGUUCAUGCUAUCUUCGAAUGAACCGAUACCCACCAUGCCCAAUAUCAUCUUCUAAGGUCCUUGGGCUAACGCCGCAUACUGACAGCGACUUCCUCACGAUAUUAAACCAAUAUCAGGUUGGAGGAUUGCUGCUGGUGAAAGACGGUGAAUGGGUUAGAGUUAAACCUAAUCCACAAGCUUUGAUCAUCAACAUUGGUGACUUAUUUCAGGCUUGGAGCAAUGGAGUUUAUAAGAGCAUCGAACACAAGGUUGUUACCAAUCAAGAAGUUGAACGGUUUUCUAUUGCAUAUUUUUUCUGUCCUUCAUAUGAUGCUGUAAUAAAAAGUUGCAUGCCACCUUCAAUCUACAGAAAAUUUAGCUUCAAAGAGUACAGAGACCAAGUUCAAGAGGAUGUCAAGUCCACAGGCAGCAAGAUAGGGCUUCUGAGGUUUCUCAUAUGAGCACAUGUAUUUUGUUCUAUACUU